AAAAAACCUCCGCCGCUAUUACCCUACUCCUUCUCCAUUUUUCAUUUCUAUUUUCCAAAAAAAAUUACCAAAAUUUAUCUGUGUUUGACUAGUGUCUGAGGAAGUUAUGGAGGUGCUGACCGGCGACCGGAAUAUGCCGGACCCAGCAGCAGCAGAAGGUGAGGAGUUCCCGGCGCACAUAACCCCAUUAUUCACUGAGCCACACCAACAACUUGUCUUUGACAAUCCAACGGCGGCUGCUAUGUCGCCACAGAAGCUCCGUAUCAGGUGCAACGGCAGGUCUGCUCUACCAGAUGAUGCUGAUCUCGCCUUACUCGACAAAGGCUUGUCACCACGUAAUGAUGUUGAUGAGGCACACGGUGUACAAUUCGUGAAUUGGAAGCGGAAGAGAAAGAGAACAUCGUCUUGUGCUAGUUCUACAAGAAAGAGCAGAAGGCUUGAAAAGCUCGAGCAUUUUCUGGAAAGUCUGGUAAACAAAAUGCUGGAGAAGCAGGAACAGAUGCAUAUGAAGUUGAUAGAAAUGGUACAAGACAAGGAGAAAGAGAGAAUAGCCAAAGAAGAAGCCUGGAAACAGCAGGAGUUGGAGAGGAUCAUAAGGGAUGAGGAGGUAAGGGCGCAAGAGACAUCACGCAGCCUUGCCAUCGUUAACUUUAUACAAAAUCUUUUGGGCAGUGAUGUUCAACUCCCCCAACCAGCUCCAAUUGUAGCACAACCAGUAGCAGCUGUACCUUCUAGUUCCCAUCAUGACCAUCAAUGUGUGGAAGAAAAUGAUAAGCUUCACAAAGACUGUCAUGUUCAAGUUCCCCAACCAGCUCCACUUGUAGCACAAUCAGUAGCAACAGUACCUCCUACUUCUAAUGAUGACCAUCAAUGUGCGGAACAAAAUGAUAAUCUUCACAAAGACACGGCCACUGUCAAGUGUAGUGCAACAGCAACUGAUAAAAGAUGGAUCCAAGCUGAAGCGCAGGCACUUAUAGGGCUGUGGGCUAGUGUGGAGCAUAAGUUCCGCACCCCAUCAAAUUCUGGCCCUGGAGCUCUAUGGGAGGAGAUAGCUCUUGGGAUGAACAGUAUGGGCUUUGAUCGCACAGGGAAGAAGUGUAAAGAGAAAUGGGAAAACAUGAACAAGUACUUCAAAAAGGCAAUCACAAAUGACAGAAAGCGUUCUGCGAAUGACAAGACUUGUCAAUAUUUUAAUGAAUUGGAGUUGCUCUACAAAAGUGGACUUCUGAAUCUGGGGAAUGUCGGCUUUAGUCCCCCAAGCAAUCUGGAGAAUGGCGGGUUUAGUCCCACAAGCAAUCUGGGGAAUGGCAGUUGUAGUCCCACAAGCAAUAUGGGGAAUGGCAGCCUUAGUCCCACAAGCAAUAUGGGGAAUGGCGGCUUUAGUCCUACAAACAACCAGAAGAGUGGAAACGAGUCCCAACAGUGCGUGCCCAGUGACACUAGUCUUCUAACUCGUGCCACAAUACCGUUUCAGAUCGAUGAAGCUUCAGAGAGAACAAGAGUAGUGGUUUCUCCUGCUCUUUAAUGGUUUAUCAAUGGAUAGUGGUCAGUGUACCUGAUGUCCACUUCAUGUCCUAUAUGAUUUUCAAUGAUUCUGAUUUUCAUCUAGUUGUGUUAGAACUUAGAACUAGGUUUAAUCGUAAUUUCCUUGAACUUCAUUGCAUCCACCGCUUUUAGUUUUGUGGUGAAGGAAAUCUUCCAGGGUGUGCAAAGUUUCUCAAAUGAGUUAGGAAUGGUGGCUGGUGAGGUGUUGUUGGCAAUCGAGUCGUUGUUCUGUUUGUGAAUGCUAGAAUGUGUUAGAGGCAAUGAAAUCUAUUGAAUGAUCGUUUUUAGUCUUUAUGCGAACGCUUGGUUU